GUUUGAAGACCUCUGGGUUAGAGGGAACGGGACGGCGGCAGCGACUUCAGGAGUUCACGCUGCUCGCUGCUCGCGUGGAUCCUUCGAUUCCAUGCCAUUUCCCCGAGGAACCGAUCCGGGAAAAAAAAAAAGCUCCAGGGCAGGAAGAUAGGAAAGCAGACGGGUCAAAAUAUAAUAAAAAAAAUACCCCCCCCCCCGCUCCAAAACAGCCCCCACGCCCGCUUUGCAAGCGCGCAAUCCCGGGCUGGGCGCAUGAUUUUGCGUCCAACAAGAAGCGACGGUUUGGUUCCGGGCGCCUGCGUGAGAGGGGCCGGCCGACGAAAGCGCGCAUGUCCCGUCCCGGCGGGGAAAGAUGAAGGUGGCGGUGGCCGGCUGCUGUCAUGGCGCGCUGGAUAAACUGUACGAGACUCUGCAGCUGCUGGAGCAGCGCCACGGCGACGCCCGGCCGGAUUUGCUGCUCUGCGCCGGGGAUUUCCAAGCCGUGCGCAACGCGGCCGACCUGCGCUGCAUGGCGGUGCCCUCCAAGUACCGCCAGUUGGGAGGCUUUGCCAAAUAUUAUUCUGGAGAGAAGAAAGCACCUAUCCUGACUAUCUUCAUUGGUGGCAACCACGAGGCCUCCAACCACUUGCAGGAGUUACCAUAUGGUGGAUGGGUGGCCCCCAACAUCUAUUACCUUGGUUAUGCCGGAGUUGUCAGGUACCGAGGGUUGAGAAUUGGUGGCCUCUCAGGUAUUUUCAAAGGUCAUGAUUACAGAAGAGGUCACUUUGAGUAUCCUCCUUACAACCAGGAAACAGUACGAAGCAUCUAUCAUGUAAGGAAUAUUGAAGUUUUCAAGCUGAAGCAGCUCAAGCAGCCCAUGGACGUAUUUUUGUCCCACGACUGGCCUAGACGUAUCUAUCACUACGGAAACAAGGCAUUGCUCCUUAAGAAGAAAUCCUUCUUCCGCUCAGAAGUGGAGAGCAACACCUUAGGGAGCCCAGCGGCAUCAGAACUGCUGCAGCACUUGAAACCCAGUUACUGGUUUUCGGCUCAUUUGCACGUCAAGUUUGCAGCAUUAAUGCAGCAUCAGGCUGAAAACAGCGAAGAGCAACCCAAAACAACCAAGUUUCUGGCUCUGGAUAAAUGCCUGCCCCACAGAGAUUUCCUUCAGAUUGUAGAGAUCGAACACAACCCCACUGCUUCUGCCUGUCUGGAAUAUGACCCCGAGUGGAUUGCUGUCCUGAAGGCUACUAAUGAUCUCGUUAACGUCUCUCCUUGUAACUGGAACAUGCCUGAAAAUAAUGGACUGCAUGAAAAAUGGGACUACAGUGUCACGGAAGAAGAUAUUAAGAAGCUUUUGGAAGAGGCCAACCAUGACCUUGUGAUUCCCCAGAACUUCAGCAUCACAGAGGCUUGCUACAAUUCAAACAAGUCCCAGCAAAAGACUGACUUGAUUCAUAGAAUCAGCCCCCAGACGACCGAGUUUUGUGCCCGGUUCGGCCUUGUGGACAUCAAUGCUAAAAUUCAACAACGGAAGGACGAGCACAGAGCUGAUGUGCAUCGGGGUGAAGAGGAGGAGGAGGAAGAGGAGGAGGAGGAAAGGGAAGAAGAAGGACUAGACACUACUGGAUCGAUGAUGGAGUCUAGUGCCGAAGUCUCUAGUUUAAUUUCUUUGAACCCUGAUGAAAUAUUACUGGACGAUGAUGAUAGCUGUGAUGAUGACAACUUGGAGACUUCAGAAGGACCAUCCUCUGACCUUUCCUGCAAUACUUCGGAAAUCUUUUCUGAUAUCAGAAGCCUGCCCGGUUCUAUGGUAGUGUCCCCCAACGACACUCUGGAUAUUGUAGAAGAAGAACUGGAGAAAUCCAGCAAUGGAAAUCAGGCCGAGGAACCAAGUCCCGAUGAGAAGUCUUUGAAGCGCCUAAGCGAUGAGAACAAAGGAGAGACAGUUGGCCCCAAGAAAAUCAAAAGGCGGAACCAGGCUAUCUAUGUUUCUAAAGAUGAAGAUGAGACUGUGGAGGAGAAUCCUUUUUCUUGAUUGAACUGAGCGAUGGCAUCAUAUUCCUGGCAUACCUGUGGCAGCUUCAGAAAUGAUGGUGCUCUGUAUACUUUUGAUAUUGCAGUUGCAAUAAAAGCUUUAUUUUUAAAAUAGUCCUUUUUACAGUAGAUCAAGUAUUUUAUUGACAACUGCAGAUCGAUUAGGAAGAAAGAAAUUAUAGGUUUUUUGAGAACCAAAAGCUAAUGGAAAACUUUAGAAUUUUUGUAUGGAUUUCCCUACAAUCUGAAUUUGUUUUAAUGAAUCCUCCCACCAAAAAAAGUGAUACAAAAAAUAUUGUUUGCACCUAAUGGAAUGGAUUCAAAGUCUUUUCACUUUUAUUAAAACUCGUGUUUUUCUUUUAUCAUUCAGUUUACUUUUAUGUCCAUCCAUAUUGGGUGUGUUUUGCGGCAAUAAUAAGUGGUUUCUCUCCUUUGUUCAAGUCAGCCAUAGAAUCAAAUCAGUUAUCUUUAUUAUGGAUCUCAGAC